AUGCGCAAUACAACACACUUCAACGGUCUUGUUCAAGUUACCACUGCUUUACUCAGUUUUGUCGCGCUUUCAAGGGCUUUUAGCAAAUUGAGUUAUUUGCCCCAUCCCAACCCGAUAAAGUCUUUCUGGCUGCACCCGCCAUCGGCGAACCCAUUGCGUGAAUCAGGGAGCGCAGGCGAGCUGACUUCGGGCGCUGAUGUCUGCAUUAUUGGGAGUGGUCUUACAGGUGUCGGUACCGCCUGGCAUCUGGUCAACCAGCUUGGGUCAGGGGAAGCAGAGACAAAGAAGAAGAUCGUGGUGUUGGAUGCCCGAGAGUUCUGUUCAGGAGCUACCGGUCGGAAUGGUGGACACCUGACGCCGGCUGUCUUCUCUGGCUUUCGUGAGCAAGAGCGAUUACAUGGAACAGAUGAAGCACGAAGAUCGCAUCAUAUCGAGCGACACACCUCGAAUGCUCUCCUCAAAUUUAUCAAGGACAACAGCCUAGAGUCGGAUGUCGACCUUUUUGAAGGCGGCCAUCUGGGUGUGUUCCGCGGCGCAGAUGAAGAGGCUGCUGGCAAGGCCGAUUGGGAAGCUGCGAGGAAAGCAGGGGUGGACAUGGGUGGACCAGACGGGGAAGGGGAUGUUCGGUGGAUUGGAACGGAAGAACUCGUGCAGAAAUAUGGGGUAAAUCCCGACCUCAAUUACACCGCGGUUUGGUUCAAUGCACACAACUUAUGGCCAUCCAAGCUAGUCACCAAGCUCUUCCUAGACGUGCAGAAUCAGAGAGCUGGUGGUGCCGAGGUAGUACUGCACACCAAGACGCCCGUGACGAGCAUUUCAAAACUCGAUGCCGAACGAUGGAGCUUGCACACCCCACGAGGCGACAUUGCUUGCAAUUACGUCGUUCAUGCCACGAACGCUUACACCGGCCACCUUCUCCCUUUCCUCAGAGGGGACAACCUCGACAUCCAGGACAUCACAGACAUCACAGACGUGACCCAAUUCCCUCUUUCCCUGCGACCGCGAGGUUACUAUGGCAUCACGCCAACUCGAGGGCAAAUCGGGGCAGUGCGCGCCUCCGUCGACUCCGAAGGCCUUGGUUGGCACAAUUCAUGGGGUACUGGUGCCAGAGCAUGGCAGUACUGGUUCCCUCGGUACCAAGAUGUCAAGUCUGAUGCAGGUCAUCGUCCGCUUAUCGUUCUCGGUGGUGGCCGAAAUCAGAUGGAGCGGGGCACCACGGAUGAUAGCAUUCUGGACUCGCAAGUGGAGAAGGCGCUGAAAGCGUUUCUGCCUUGGCUCUUCCCGAAGCAGUUCAUAGAGGAGGACGCAGAGGAAGCUUGGGAAAUGGAAUGGACUGGAAUUAUGGGUUAUACGAGCACCGGAGAACCUUUGGUCGGACCCGUUCGACCUCUUGGGCAUCGAUCAAGACUUCCUGCGGAGAACCCGUAUGAAGGCCAAUAUAUCGCUGCUGGCUUCAGUGGGCAUGGAAUGCCACGUACUUUCUCGUGUGCGGAGGCAGUGGCAGGUAUGAUCGCCGCCAAGAUUCGAGGCAAGGAGUGGACGACGCCGGACUGGCUGCCGAGACGAUAUCUAACGUGGGCAACGGAACCAUGA